AUGUUUAUAUUCUACAAUAGAUGUGCUCUUUUGGCGAAUUUACCUUUGCAUCAUCGCAUUCGCUAUUUGCCUUGCUUCCUACCAUUUCGAGUGGCUGAUCCUGCUCUAGUCUCCUGUCCGGAUCCGCUUCAUGGGCCCGUGGGUCCGUUUCUUAUCUUUCUGGCUGACCGUUUUCACUCGGUUCCAGCCUCGGCGUACUUUUACUUCAAGUACUAUUUCUCAAGCCUUCAGUAG